AUGUCGGUGAGAUGCAAGGUUGAAGGUUGCCCAUGGAAGAUAUGUGCAAAUGCAGUGGGGAAGAAGACUCCUUUCCUAUGCGUGACAACAUUUGUAAAUGAACAUGUGCAUAGUGUGCAAGACAAUCUCCAAGUCAGCCAUGGUGGAAGAGCUAGUUUGACAUCAGCAAUUAUAAUUGAUGAGGUAAGGAAUCACAUAGACAAACGGCCUACUGAAAUAAUGACAAUAUUGAAAAGAGACUGUGGGGUGAAUCUAACAUACAAGCAAGCAUAUAGAGCUAAGGAAAAAGUUGCUACUGGGAAUAACAUAUUUGAGCGAGUUUUCAUAGCUUAUAGGUGUUGUAUAGAGGGUUUCUUAACUGGUGGUAGGCACAUACUGUAUAUAGAUGGAACUCACCUAAGUGGACUGUAUAAGGGAACAUUGCUGUCAGCAUCGGCUUAUGAUGCGAAAAAUGAAUUAUUACCAUUUGCAAUUGCCAUUGUGAAGGGGGAAAUAUAUGAGGAUUGGUCAUGGUUUCUGCAUAUGAUUAAAAAUAUCAUUGGCUCUAACCAGUUAACAAUAGUUUCAGACCGUCACAAUUCAAUCAUAGCAGCUGUCCGAACAAUAUUUGGAAGUGAGAGGCAUGCAUAUUGCUAUAGGCAUGUGAAGGAGAACUUCAGUGCAGAACUAGUUAAAGCAAACAGAGGCAAGAGGAAGACAAGUAAGUCCAUGAAGGAAGAUGGGUUGCAAUUGCUUGAUAAUAUCGCAUAUGCAAGGCUUGAUGGUGAGUUCGAUAAGGCAAUGGACCACAUGCAUCGUUUCUCUCCACAGUUAUUCUAG